ACAAACUCUGCCGGUGUUAGGCACAACACCUGGAAUACUUUGGCACACCUGUCUGUAGUCCUCCGUUCGUUUACGGCAAGGACCGCGAUCCCUGCUCACAUUCCCUCGUCCGUCUGGAACAGGAGAUUCAAUCACUUUCUUUACUACGCUCAAACAACCAAGAGUCCAAAAUGAACCCCAGACUAACACAAAGCCAGCAGAGAACAAUCUGCGCUCAGCUGGGAAAAGUCAAACUAAAGCUGUUGUACAAGGCCAGCAUCCACGGCUUCUCCGGUGCAGCAUUUCACCAAAGAUGUGACAACCACUCUCCCACUGUGUCUGUGGGCUACAACAACUCUGGUUUUGUGUUUGGAGGCUACACCAAACAACCUUUUAGUCAGUCUGGACAGUACGUGAAUGAUGAUCAGGCUUUUCUUUUUACAUUUAAUGGUGAAAACCUCAUCAAAUAUCCAGUUAAUAAUUUUGCAUGUGCAGUGAGAAUGAUAGUUAACAAUGGGCCUUAUUUUGGAGAAGAUUUGGUUCUUGUCAAUUUAAACCAAGCAGUAACGUACAGCAAUCCAGGAAAUUAUUACAACUUCCCUGCUGCAGAGAUGCAUGGCAAUGAUCUCGACCUGACUGAGUGUGAAGUCUACCAAGUGGAGGAAAGCACUAAACUUGAGAGGCCAUGGAGGACUGUAACCUGGGAAUCUAAGAAGAGGACGGAGCUGAUUGAGUACAUUAAAAGCUACAAACCCACAGUCAGCUCUGUGACCCAGCCUCGGGUUUUGCUCAUUGGACCAGUCGGAGCUGGAAAGUCCAGCUUCUUUAACUCUGUCAACUCUGUAUUCAGAGGCCACGUGACCAGCCAGGCCAUCUCUGGCUCCUCCUCCACCAGCCUCACCACACAGUUUCGCACCUACUCUGUGAAAGAUGGGCGUGAAGGGAAACCUCUGCCAAUAAUCUUGUGUGAUACCAUGGGACUGGAGGAGACCAAAGGGGCGGGGCUUGACAUUGACGACCUCAGCAGCAUCCUCAAAGGUCACCUGCCAGACCGUUAUCAGUUCAACCCUUCAGCUCCUCUGCAUCCUGAGGCCCACGGCUAUCGCACAUCUCCUGGGCUCAAGGACAAGAUCCACUGUGUGGCCUAUGUUAUUGAUGCUUCCAAGGUCUCCAUCAUUCCCACAGGGCUGGAGGACAAGCUGGAUGCUAUCCGCAGAAAGGUCAACCUAAUAGGUAUUCCUCAGCUGGUCCUCCUCACUAAAGUAGAUGAAGCCUGCCCACUGGUGAAAGAGGAUGUGAGAAACAUUUAUAAGAGUGGCUACAUUAAAGAUGUGAUGCAGGAGGUCGGCUCUCGGCUCGGGGUGCCGUUGUCCUGUGUUGUUCCGGUGAAGAACUACAACGAGGAGCUGGAGUUGGACAUGAAUUGUGACAUCCUGUUGCUCAGCGCCGUCAUCCAGAUGCUUCGCUUUGUUGAUAAUUACUUUGAUGAGCUCAGUGACCGAAUGAGCAACAUGCAAACCAAAGACUAG